GCGACAGUCACACUGACUCCGACUAUUGAUUGAAAUAAAAUUUACGCAAAUACAAAAUUUUCCUGUUCCAAUGCAAAGUAAACCAUAAAAAUCCAUUGUGAAAAUUUGUGGGGUGGUGGGUGCCAAAACGGAUACUCAAUAGGCGAUAGUCGUAGUAAAGAGAGCGGCGAAGAGAGUGCGCAGCGAAGGGAAGAGAGCUUGUAUUUGAUGUGUACUCAAAAGCGGCUGAAGAGAGAGCACUAAUACACUCAUAUACACCCACACAACACGGAAAAAGGACGAACAAGAAGAAGAGCUUUCCGGGGUAAACUAGGAUAAAGUGUGUUUGGCCAAAAUGAAUCCGGCGGUGGAUGCAUGGGCAGUGACCCCGAGGGAGCGCCUGAAGUAUCAGGAGCAGUUUAAGGCACUUCAGCCACAGGCAGGAUUCGUAACCGGCGCCCAGGCCAAAGGAUUCUUUCUACAGUCCCAGUUGCCGCCUCUGAUCCUGGGUCAGAUAUGGGCUCUGGCGGACACCGAUUCCGAUGGAAAGAUGAACAUCAAUGAAUUCAGCAUAGCUUGCAAGUUGAUCAACCUCAAGCUACGCGGCAUGGAAGUGCCCAAGGCUCUGCCACCGAGUCUCCUGGCGUCCCUUACCGGCGAUGGUCAAAAGACGCCAUCGAUGACACCACGUGGCUCGACCAGUUCCAUGAGUCCAUUGGAUCCGUUAAAGGGAAUUGCUCCGCCAGUUUCCGCAGUGGUUCCCCCUCCAGUGGUGGCUCCUCCUCCAGUAGCUGCGGCCGCUGUCAUCUCACCGCCAGGUGUCGUGGACCUAGCCAAGGUUCCGGCUGGUCCAACGCCGCCCUCCAGCAAUCCACCCAGUCGGCACAUGUCCAUCUCAGAGCGAGCGCCCUCCAUCGAGUCUGUCAAUCAGGCAGAAUGGGCCGUUCAAGCUGCGCAGAAGCGCAAAUAUACACAGGUGUUCAAUGCCAAUGAUCGUACCCGAUCUGGAUACUUGACUGGAGCUCAGGCACGCGGCGUUUUGGUGCAAAGCAAGCUGCCCCAGGUGACACUGGCUCAGAUCUGGACGCUAUCCGACAUUGAUGGUGAUGGACGUCUCAACUGCGACGAGUUCAUUUUGGCCAUGUUCCUGUGCGAGAAGGCCAUGGGUGGUGAGAAGAUUCCGGUUACCUUGCCUCAAGACUGGGUACCGCCGAACUUGCGCAAGAUCAAGUCGCGUCCGGGUUCGGUCUCUGGGGUGGUGUCGCGUCCUGGAUCGCAGCCCGCCUCCCGGCACGCCUCUGUAUCGUCGCAGGGCGGAGCGGGAGUCGUGGAUGCUGACCCAACUGCUGGACUUCCUGGACAAACUUCCUUCGAGGACAAGCGCAAGGAAAACUAUGUAAAAGGUCAAGCCGAGCUCGAUCGCAGGCGCAAGAUUAUGGAGGAUCAGCAGCGCAAGGAGCGAGAGGAACGAGAGCGCAAGGAGCGCGAUGAGGCGGAUAAGCGUGAAAAGGCACGUUUGGAGGCAGAACGAAAGCAACAGGAGGAACUGGAACGCCAGCUUCAACGCCAACGUGAAAUUGAGUUGGAGAAGGAGGAGCAGCGCAAGCGGGAACUGGAAGCAAAGGAGGCAGCUAGGAAGGAGCUUGAAAAGCAGCGCCAGCAGGAAUGGGAACAGGCUAGAAUUGCUGAAAUGAACGCACAGAAGGAGAGGGAACAGGAGCGUGUUCUCAAGCAGAAGGCACACAACACCCAGCUUAAUGUGGAGCUGAGCACACUAAAUGAAAAGAUUAAGGACCUUUCGCAGAGGAUUUGCGACACACGUGCUGGGGUGACCAAUGUAAAGACCGUAAUCGAUGGCAUGCGGACCCAACGCGAUACUUCCAUGUCUGAAAUGUCGCAACUGAAGGCGCGCAUUAAGGAACAGAACGCCAAGCUGUUGCAGCUCACCCAGGAGCGGGCUAAGUGGGACGCCAAGAGCAAGGCCAGUGGCGCUGCCUUGGGUGGCGAGAAUGCACAGCAGGAGCAAUUAAACGCAGCCUUUGCCCAUAAGCAGCUGAUAAUAAACCAAAUCAAAGAUAAAGUGGAGAAUAUUAGCAAAGAGAUCGAGUCAAAGAAGGAAGACAUCAACUCAAACGACGGACAGAUGUCGGAACUAAAGGCAGAGCUUUCUGCCCUGCUCACAAAGUGCGAAGAUCUGUACAAGGAAUAUGAUGUACAGAGGACCUCGGUGCUGGAAUUGAAAUACAACCGCAAAAACGAGACGAGUGUGACCUCAGCUUGGGACACAGGCACUUCCAGUGCUUGGGGAGAGACGAAUACGACUGCCGCCGACACCUAUGCAGGUAUGAGCAACGACAUUAGUGCAGCAGCCGCUCCAGCUGUGGAUUUGAGUGGACCAGCUCCUGAGGGAUUCGUAAAAUACCAGGCAGUCUACGAGUUCAAUGCGCGGAAUGCGGAGGAAAUUACUUUCGUGCCGGGUGACAUUAUACUGGUGCCAUUGGAACAGAACGCCGAACCCGGAUGGUUGGCUGGCGAGAUAAACGGCCACACCGGCUGGUUUCCCGAAUCCUAUGUGGAAAAGCUGGACGAUGGUGGAGCUGCCCCUGUUGCCGCCGUUGAACCAGAAGUUAAUGCCCAAAUUGCAACAGUGGCGGACACCUAUAAUGACAAUAUCAAUACCAGUGCGGCUCCGGCAGCUUCCGCCGAUCUAAGUGCCGCCGGCGACGUUGAAUACUACAUAGCCGCAUAUCCUUAUGAUUCCGCCGAGGACGGCGAUUUGAGCUUCGGUGCCGGUGAGAUGGUUAUGGUAAUCAAGAAGGAAGGUGAAUGGUGGACAGGUACUAUUGGCAAUCGCACCGGCAUGUUCCCCUCAAACUACGUUCAAAAGGCGGACGUGGGAACGGCGAACACGGCAGCUGCAGAUCCAGUAGAAUCCAUAGAUCAGGAGACGACGCUGAACGGCAACGCUGCCUACGCCGCUGCUCCCGUGGAUACACAGGAGCAGCACUUCCAACCGCUACCUGUCCAGGAGGUUAGCGAACAGCCGAUCGCUAGCCCAGGCGUUGGCGCUGAGGAAGCGCACGAAGACCUCGACACUGAAGUUUCCCAGAUCAAUACACAGUCUAAGACACAAAGCAGCGAGCCGGCCGAGAGCUACAGCCGACCCAUGUCACGCACCUCUUCCAUGACACCCGGCAUGCGGGCCAAACGAUCAGAGAUUGCGCAAGUAAUCGCUCCAUAUGAGGCUACUAGCACUGAGCAACUUUCGUUGACGCGAGGCCAGUUGAUUAUGAUCCGCAAGAAGACGGACUCCGGUUGGUGGGAGGGUGAGCUGCAGGCCAAGGGUCGGCGACGCCAGAUCGGCUGGUUCCCGGCUACCUAUGUAAAGGUUCUUCAAGGCGGCCGCAACAGUGGACGCAACACUCCAGUCUCCGGCAGUCGCAUCGAAAUGACCGAGCAGAUCUUGGACAAGGUGAUUGCACUCUAUCCAUACAAAGCACAAAACGACGACGAGCUGUCGUUCGAUAAGGACGAUAUUAUUAGCGUGCUGGGUCGGGAUGAGCCGGAGUGGUGGCGUGGCGAGCUGAAUGGCCUUUCCGGUCUGUUCCCCAGCAACUAUGUGGGACCCUUCGUGACGUCCGGAAACGUAUAACGAGCCUUCGGCUUUGGGCUAUAAGCGGCAGUCCGGCAAUCGCUUACAAAUAAAAUACCACACGAUCCCCAGGGAAUUGGGUUAUCUUAAGAUCAACAGCAGCAUCUAUAUCCUCCGUAACUACCUAAUCGGAAUUCGUAUCGUAUUCUAGUAAGCCAAACGUUGGCUAUUUACAUUGUUUCAUAAGGUUUAUCAUCCUCUUUGGUGUGAGAUUUCCCUUAACUUGUUGAUAGGAUUAGUAAAGAGAUCUCAUCGGAAAACAUUUAUAGAAUCAAACAUUCUCUCAUGUUCGUAACCAAUCAAACGAAAGAUACAACCGAAAUCUAGUAAGUCACAUUUUAAAGGAUUUAUAUAGUAAUCUGCAUAUGAAACAAAACUACAAAAUACAUAAGGAUAUCAAAAGACAAUUACAAUUUCGUUCAAUUAGAUGUGUUUAUCAAUCGAAAACCAGAAUAUAUUCAACAGUUUUUUUCCCUCCCCCCUAAAUGCUAGCACACAUACGCAUAUAGUAUAACGAUCUAUAACGAUGGUUUUCUGUGUUUUCCAAUAAUAUCCGAAUAUAAUUGUAUAUAUAUUUCAAGUAUUCCACAGCCAAACAGUGGGAGUAUGAAUUAUUGUUAACUAAAUAAUAAGCAUAAUGACCAUUCUCUUAUAUCUAAAAAGAUAACUAUUAAACAUCAAGAAUAAUGGUGGAAAGAAGAUACAUAUAUGAUUAGCUUACACGUACGGGCAACAGUAUUGAUAAUAUUAAAGGUAUUUGUAAUGGCUUAAAUAUUCUUUUUUUGAAUAACAUACUUGAUUUAAUAUCUAAUUUAAGCGCUUGUCUCAACUGCCAUAAUUGUAUUUAUUUAAUGUCUAUUGUCUUGUAUUAAUGAAUGUUACAAAUUGUUUGCCGCUAGUUUAAAGUAUCUGUAUCCACAAAAGAAAAGGCAUAGGAAUGGAUGAGAUGUAAAUUUGAGUAUGUACAAAAUCCACAUAGAGAGAAGAUCAUUCAAACCGAAUUGGAAUAUAAUGGUCAGAUAUUAUAUUAUAGAGGGCCACGUUAUGCUGUUCGAAUCUGUUUAUGCUAGUUACAGUUAGUCUAUUUAACUAAAUCACUCACAUAUAUACAUAUAUAUAAUAUAUAUAUAUGAAUGUAUCUACGCUAUCUCGUACAUAUGAAGAAACACUGUCGAAUGCCUUUCAAACAAAAUGAUAACCAAAAAUGUCACUUUACAUGGAUUAACUUAAACGUAACUUGUUAUUGCAUACCACGACUAUUUAUGCGUCUAUAGCUCUAUUAAACGAAACCAAAGUAAAAAAUCGUUAUAAACCCACAAAAUCUCUGAUCAGUUGGUGGUAUUAAAACCACUAUUGAUCAGUGGUUGGGCGGGGAAAUUCUAAAAGCAUAAACACACAUAUUUAUGUAGCUAAUGUUGGGUUGAUUAUUGAUUCCAUAUAUGUACUAAUAAAUUUAAAUGAACCACAAGUCUAAGCAUAUACAUUACUAUAUAGAGAAAGUACUAAAAAUUUCUUUAGAAAAAAUCAAAGCAAAAAUGUUAAUUGAGAUAAUCGUACAACAUUCCGAGUCCCACAUAUACACCCCCGCAUACAUAUAAUGCUCAUAUAAGCGUACUUGUUUAAUCGUUACGAAAGUUAAUUAUUGUAAACAAUGCUUAAGAACAAUUACCCAGGAGAGGGUAAAGGGGAACCCCCUUAACAAAUUCUGCACACACACACACACACUCACUCACUUACACUGAGACUCACUUUAAACGCGAAAUGGUGACCAUCGAUAUAUUUACCUAUAUAUACAAGCCGAACCGAGAAGAACUUAUAGAUAAUGUAUCUUCUGCAGACACAUAAUGCAUACGAGUAAAUAUAAACUGAAUUCUUCGAGAAAAAUACAACAAAAAUAAAAACUAAUGAGAAAUACCAUAAAACAUAUUGAAAUAUAUCAGUUUCAAACAUAAUUAGAAAGAAAAGUAAAAAAUGAAAAACCAAAAAUAUUAAAAUAAAAUAUGAAAAUAACAAAUUACACGUAUUUGGUGCAAUAAAUGUAUAAAAGGAACUUCAAGCAAAUUGAUUUUGGAUU